CAGGGGCUGAAAGACUGAGCAUUGGUUCCUCUAAGAGAUGCAGUACAUUUGCAGCUUGGCAAAUUUUCUCUCGCUUUAAGAGCGGCCAAAAUCAUCUGGGUCCCAGUCAAGAUCAUAUAACCUUUUUCAGAGGCUCUGCAUCCAUUGUUGAGCUAUAGUAAUGAAAAGUUAAAGCUAUAGUAGAUUCACAUCAACUGUGCCUCUGAUGUCAAGGCCAGUCCCUUACGACGCUCCUGAUUGGCUGUUUAUAAGCCAAUCACAGAGCUGGAGAGACUGUCUCUCGAGAGAGUUCACACAGGCAGGAUGUAUGUUCUGGAACAUGCAUCCUGACUAUGUGAACUCUCGAGAGAGACUGAGUCUCCAGCCCUGUGAUUGGCUUAUUAGCAGCCAAUCAGGAGCAUCGUAAGGGACAGGCCUAGACAUCAGAUGCACGGUUGAUGUGAAUCGACUAUAGUUAGGUUUGCAUUCUGCAAGGUAAUGCUGUUAGAAAGCACCUCUAGUAUAGUUUUAUCUGAUGAUGUCAUAACUGUAACCUUUGUGAUCAUUCAGGGAAAGAAUUCUCUUUAUAUAGGAUAUAAUUGUUAGAAAUUGCUUGGAUAUAUCAAAUAAGAAGCAUUUUUGGCUUGAUAAUGUUAAGGCAAAGCAGUGAAUUUUUUUCAUGACUCAUAAGUAUGGGGAAAGGAUACAGGUAUUGCUUUUGUAUACUGUAUUUUAAAUAUAGACUAGCUUCUGAAUAUUUCACCAACCACAUAUGUGCACUUGCCUGAAAUAUACAUGUAUAAAAUAACUGACUUUAGUCACCUUGUAUAAACAUGCAUUAAAUAAAGUCACUAUUUUGAUGUAAAUGUUGACGUUAUUUGUACCUUACCAUGUCUUUUCGACAUAUUGUUACAUACUUGUAAAUAAGGAAUUAGAGGGUGAUAGAUGCUCCAGGAGGUUGUACUCAGACAUCCAUAUACUAUUUAAGAACUUAGCAGUGGAUUAGUUGACAUUUUAAAGCAGUUUGUCAUUGUGUUAAUGGUUCUGUUAGGUUCUGAUACUGAUGUGAACUUUUGCAUCAACAGAUUCUCAGUUUUCAGAUUUCAGAAAUCAGUGGAGUGUCUGGUUGUACUUAGGAAAAGAGGUGAUCAGUUUAAGCAGUGGUAAGUGCAGGUAUUGUCCUUAAUGUUAAACCAAUGAUGGAAGUUGCCUUGAAAUUUUCCAAGAGAGAAAAGGUUGUCUGCCUCGGCUGUUGCAAAUGCACAUGGAACACAACAGUAAUUGAUGUCUUAUCUGCUUUGCAUUAGCACUCCCUGCUAGUAGUCGUAAUUAUAAUUUCAUCAUUGAUACUAUUAAUCACCUUAGUGAGAUCAUAGAAUCAUAGGGCAUGUGAGAAGGAUUCAUUGUUAAAAUGAAAGUUGAAGUUGAAGGAAGGUAUUAAAGAUGUUGGUCAGUUAAUCAGGAAGAAACCAGUGAACUUACUAAGAGUAAAAGGCAGAAAACAGUGCAACUGUUACUGACAGGAUUUUGCAAAGGACCUUUAAUUCCAGCUACAGUUUGCCAUGCAAGGCACCUUGAGUGGUACUCCCUGUACAGAGAUUGCUGAUGGUGAAUUGCUUUGCUUUCCAGAAAGUAUGGUUUACAUCGAUAAUUAUACUAAGUGGUGUGUAGAAGCAUUCCUUCCAAAAAAUCAUCCUCAUAGGUUGGUGUCUCAUACCUGCUGGAGAAAUAAAAACAGGAUAUGGUUGUAUACGUUGUACUGUAUAGUCAUCUCCAAGAACGCACCAGAUGUAACUAAUUGAUAAGCAGUUACAGUAGUAGUUACAUGGGCAAGAGGUUAUACUAGAAAAGGUUCUUUUAUUCAUACAAGGAACAAACUUUUGGUCUUAACAAUAGGAUAACCUAGCAAUAGCUUGAAACAGGUAAAAACAAAGAUUGUAAAACAAGGAAACUAUGGCAUCUGGCGAAUCAUGCAAAUACAGGGUGGAUGGCUGGUCAACGACCAAGCUCGUACCCUGUAAUAUGCCAGUUUUGUACCGCCAUGGAAAGCGGAGUUUCGCCUCGCUCUCCUUUUCCAAGCCGAUUUUUUUUUAUCUUGGCCUGCGCUUCUCAGAAGUUUUGUGGACGUCAAUGUUUUUAGACAAGCCAUCCUUGUUUACUAUGUUGACAUUCCUGAAGAUAGAUGCUUUUACAAUAGAUUUAUCUUUCAAUCUGCAUCGGCAUCACUUGCGUUGUGUGUGAUAAAUCUGGUCCGUCUCCUAGAGAGUAUUGCCUUCAGGGAGACAGGACCCCUUUAUUUGUUUUAGAGUUUUAAUUUCGAUGUUUAUGUUUUUAUAUAUCUUUUCACAUGUCUUGGAACUUUGUGUGCGUUUCAGGAUGUCCGGGACAAUUGGAGACAAGUAAGACCUACAUAGGGCCCCAAAUUAUGUUGGAUGAGAAAUACAGUUCAAUAUGCCUUCAAACUCUCCCAAGUGUGUCUCAAUGUAUGGAUAAGAUUAUAGAAUGAAUGGGUUGCCUGAGACAGAGAUGUCCUGGCAUAUCUUGCAGCAUAACAUUCAGCCUGUUGGUAACUAUGGGCUCUUGCCUUGGGCAAGGAUUCAUAAGCAGCUGCCACUCAUGGCUUUCCCUGAACCUGGGUCUUCUGUGUAAGUCAACCUAAUACCCUUUGCAAGGCCUUGAGCUUCCGUUUUUACAUUCCCCAGCAGCACCCCUUUCCAGUGGCAUCCUCUCACUGCCUACAUCAGUUAGGAAACCUGAUUCUCUCUGCCUUUGUCAUUGCAACACUGGAGGAGGAAAACAUACCAACUUCAAUGAAACCUUGAGGUGCAGUUAGAUCCUAUGAGAAAUCUUACUAGACACAGUGAGGAUGAAGGUGUCUGAGAAGCGUUACUAAUGUAAUCGUACAUAUUCAUUUGUAGUUUUUGAAAGCAUAGCCAAUUUACAUCGUAAGAGGAGUUACUCUUGUGGUUCCCUUGUAACUCCUUUGAGGACACUGUGGAUACCAAGAAUAUGUGAGUCCAUGCUGCUGUGGUUUCCUAACCUAAACUGGAAUUUGUGAGGGUUAGUUUUGGAUACUGGUGUCAUAGAAACCCUAGCCCAAGCUAAGCCAGAAUCUUAUCUUCAUUAUUGGCCAUUUGCAGGUAAUGGACACACUUAAACCCAUAGGUGGCAGUUAAUGAGAGUUUCUGUUGUACUGUCAAGUAAAUUUUCCUUCAUCAUCAUGUAUGGUUAUAUUUGGAGGUCCCUCCUAUCAGCCUUCAUUUGGUCCAAAUGAUAGGCACUCUAUUUGUACUUCAUGUUUAUAGUUGAAUAACUGGUUCUUUGUGUAUAACAUUUUUAAUAUGUAAUUGUGUGGUGUUUACGCCUUAAAAACUUUACUUUUUUCUUCUUGACAACUUACUGUACAGUCCAGAUGUCCUGUAUUUGAAGGUUUCUUUUUCCUUAGUCUUUGCAGCAUCUUGCCUUCAUUUAUUCUCAGUUUGUCUGUGUUGCUGUUGAUUUUAUGCUUUUGAUGAAAGCUAAUAAACCAGGAGAAUCUGUUCAGAGACCAACCCAAGAAAUGUUGCUUCACUUUCACUCAUUUUUAUUAUUUAAAAUUUGUUCUAAUUUACCACAUCUUUUUGAGAAGUACCAUUCUGUGCAUUUUGAGAUGUGUUCCCUUUUACUGCAAAUUUUCCCAAUUCAAACUUCUCAGUAGCUGUUGCCCAUUUGGUGGGACCUGUGAGGUCAUUUAGCACUGAAAGGGAAAUUGAGAGUAAAAGUUUUUUUAUUUUAAAGUUUUAACAGGAGGGAAACCAAAAAGCAGUUAGGCCAUGAAACAAUUGUUAGUAGAGGUUGGUGAGUAAGAUGGAAGAAAGAUACAGUCAAAGGAAUGCAAGGGAAGUUGCCAAGAACUUUUAAUUAAUGCCUGCAGUGUAAUGUAUGAGGUCUACUGAUGGCACUACCCCUUUGCAGGAAAAGGAGAACUAGACUUGAUAGUAAUCUGGAGACUGUAAGACAUAAAUAAGAUGGAGAGAACUCAUUACAUUUGCAAUCUAAAAUGAAGAAGAAUACUGUGGUGAUGCUUGUUAAAUAAUUAUGGUCAUUAUAAAAGUUAUUUGACAUUUUCUUAAUUUCAAUGAUUUAAAGUUUAAAUAGUUUUAACUCUCUAAACUCCUCUAAAUCUGCAUUAGUUGUUAUUGAGCUCUGUCACUAAGCAUUUUGGGCUUUAGUUGUGAUUUCAAAGGAUCGGGGAGGUUAGCAAAGGUUAAUUUUCUCAUUUAAUAGGGUAAAACUUGCUUGCUUUAUGAAUGAAAAUCUGGAGAGAAACAGGAAAACCACUGUAUAGAAUGCAAGAUACUGAAAUAAUCAAAUUUAUAAUCAAUAUAUAUUUUGUUGCAAGGUGGGAUCACAAUAAACUGGAAAAGGCUGUAGGCAAAGUACUUGGCUGUAAAGUUUUAGAUAAAAAAAAAAGGUAAUCCUUUGUUAAUUCUGAUUCUAUUCCCUGCUGUGAACGUCUUUUUGUUUUUGAGUUCUCGGUUCCGUUGUUGUGUUGGGCUGCGUCCGGUGUGCUGGUCCUUGGCGUCAAGUUGUUGUAACGGAUUCACAAUAAACCCUAUAUCUGGCCCUGUAUUUAGUUAUGCUCUUCCUAACAAAUGGCGACGAGAAUCCACGCAGAGGAGCAUAGGGUCCUAAAGAACUUCAUGUGGAUGUAAGGAUUUUCCAGGAUUUUUGAUGAGUUCAGCAUAGCCUACUGGCUCUGAGGACACUUCCAUAAGGCCAGUUGAUUGACGGCGACAAGUACUCGGAUUAAGAUUGAUCCUUUUAAUUCUUCUCAGAUAACCCUGGAUCUUUGGCUUAGUUUAUUAGAGGCUAAUUUUAGUAAUCUUGGAAUUGAGGAAGAUGACAAAAAGAAAAAUGUUUUGCUAGUGUCAAUUGGAACUCAUGUUUUUAGUGUAGUGGGUAAUUUGUGUGCUCCUGAUUUACCCCAUACAAAGACUUACGAUGACCUAGUAGCUGUAUUGAAAUCACAUUACAUUGUGAAACCUUAUCAUCGUAGUUUAAUAGCUUUUCAACAAAGAAAAAAAAAAGGAGGGAUGAGACCGUGAAUAGUUUGUAUACUGACCUCGAGGCUUUAGCAAAAGAUUGCAAUUUUGGUAAUCAUUUCGAUUCAAGAGUCAGAGAUCAGUUGUUUAUGGCAGUGGACAAUGAAGUAUAUUUUCCCAAUUUAGUUGCUUUGAAUAUUGAUCUCCAAACUAUGACCUCUAGUGCAGUUUUAGAAAGAAUUUUGAACAAGGAAAAAGCUUUUGUUGGUGAGAGGAACGAAUCACAGCCACAGGUUAGUUCAGUGAGAAAAGAAAAGUCAUCUUGUAAGCAUUGUGGUUUUCCUCAUGAGAGUAUAGACUGUUGGUUUAAAGAUCUGACUUGUAACAUUUGUAAAAGGAAAGGUCAUCUAAAAAGGGUGUGUAGAGAGGCAAACAAAGAUUUCUCUUCAUAGGCCUAGUAGUGAUAAACCUAGGUAUAAGGCUUCCAAUAGUAGGGCUGAAGGUAAGAAGGCUGUAAAAACUACUGAUGAUUGUGGAGACAACAGUGAUGAUAGAUUGUUAAUGGUUAAAGGAAAGGUUUUUGCUCUUAAUUCUGAUGAAUUAUUUUCAGUAUUAAUCAGAAUUUAGUUCCAUUUGAGAUUGACAGUGGCGCUUCUGUGUCCACUAUAACCAAAGAGUGAGUACAUAGUUUAAAACUAAAUAUGGAACCAUGCAAUAAAAAGCUAAGAGGUUAUGAUAAUAUGAACAUUGAUGUCUUAGGCAAAGUGUUAGCUCCUGUACUUUAUAAUAGCACAAAGGUUUCUCAGGUAUUUUAUGUUGUUGAUUCUUGUAAUACAAAUUUGUGUGGUAAAGAUUUAAUGCAGCAAGUAGGUAUUUAUCUGGCUGGAAUAGAUGAAGGUACUAGAGUAAUAAAGGUUGCUAAUGUGAGUGCAGAAAAGCUGCUAGAUAAUUACUUGGUAGAUUCAAGUAAACCUAUUACUGGUAUUUUGGCUAAGAUUAAUUUAAAAGGUAAUGCUACUCCAAAGUUUAUGAAAGCACGCACAAUUCCUUUUUAUUACGAGAAAAUGAUUGAAGAUGCCUUAGAUAAGCUAGUAGCGGAUGAAAUGAUAGCACCCAUAUCACAUAGUGAAUGGGCAGUUCCUAUUGUACCUGUAUUGAAAGAAAAUAAGGUUGAAAUGAGGAUUUGUGGAGAUUUUAAAGUUUUGAAUAAACAAAUUCAUUGUGACCGGUACCCGUUACCAAAGAUAGAGGAAUUGUUAUCAGUUGUUGGUAAGGGAAAGUUUUUUUCCAAAAUUGAUUUAAAGAAUGCUUAUCUUCAAAUACCCAUUGAUGAGAAAAGUCAAGAGUACUUAGUAAUUAAUACUCAUAAAGGAUUGUUUAAAUAUAAGUGCUUACCUAUUGGCUUGUCCUUAUCUCCUGGUAUUUUCCAAAGGUUUAUUUCCCAAGUGUUGGCAAAUGUGGAGGGUGAAGCUGCUUAUUUAGAUGAUAUUAUUGUAAGUGGUGCUACCAAAAAGGAGCAUGAUCACCGAUUAAGAAAGGUUUUGGAACUUUUGCAAGCACAUAAUGUACAAAUAAAUAAGACUAAGACUGUUUUGGAGGCUGAAUCUAUUGAUUGUAAAUUUAGGAUACCACAUCUCGGGUGAAGGAGUCGAGCCAUCUUCAAAGGGACUGAAAGCUAUUUUAGAUUGCCCAUGUCCUACUUAUGUUGAAGAAGUUCAAUCUUUUUUAGGGAUGACUAUUCACUAUUGCAAGGUUGUAAAGAACUUUUCUUCCCUUGUAUGAUUUGUUGAAGAAAAAUCUAAAAUUUAGAUGGACUUCAGUACAGCAGAAGGCGUUUGAAGGCAUUAAAAGAGAUUUUUUCAGAGUCCAAAGUGCUGACUAGUUUUGAUGGGGAUAGUCCUUUAAUCACUGAAGUGGAUGCGUCUCCUGUAGGUGUGGGUUGUGUUUUGUUACAAAAGGUUGGUGACCAAGAAAAAAAAAUUAUUUUGCAAGUAAAAAACUCUCUAAAGGAGAAAGGAACUACUCUCAGUUAGAUAAAGAAGGAUUAGCUCUUAUUUUUGCUGUGAAAUGUUUUAGAUAUUUUUUGCUUGGCAGGAAUACAGUUGCUAGAACUGAUCAUAAACCAUUACUGGGACUUUUUGGAAGAGGGAAACAGAUUCCAUGUAAUGCUAAUUCUAGAAUACAAAGAUGGGCUUUGUUGUUAUCUCGGUAUGAUUAUGAAUUAGUUCACAAACCUUGGAAGGAAAAUGUAAUUGCUGAUGCCUUAGGCAGAUUGCCACUUGAUGAUGAUUUUCAUUCUGGUACACCAGCUGAGUAUGUUAAAUUGGUUGAAUUACUUGAUUCUGAUGACAGCUCUUUUCAGGCAGUUAAACAUUUCACCAAUAAGGAUGCUGUAUUGUCUCAGUUGAAAAAUUUUUUGAAGCUGGGAUGGUCAAAGGAACAUAAUAUGUCACUUCUAGAAUAUGCCUCUGUAUAUGAUGAUUUAUCUCUCCAUAAUGAUGUAAUAUUGUAUUGAUUCAUUUAAUUGUCUGAUGUUUUAAAUUGGAAUAUUAUUGCUUUUCUAGAGUUUUAGAUAAAAAAAAAAAAUUAAAGUAUUCCUUUGUUAAUUCUGAUUCUAUUCCCUGCUGUGAACGUCUUUUGUUUUUGAGUUCUCGGUUUCGUUGUUGUGUUGGGAUGCUCCCGGUGUGCUGGUCCUUUGCAGCAAGUUGUAACGGAUUCACAAUAAACCUUGU